UGUCCCCGGUGUCAUUCUUAUCCUCACGUCACGUAGCAGAAGGAAUGCACCCGAUGUAGAAUGGAUCACAAAGGAUAUUCCGCCAUUGGAUUCGAGCUCGGCUCAGGAGGCGUUCUUUCGAAUUUACCGCCCAGUCAACCGUAGCAAUGCGGAGGGAGAAAUCACAAACCUACUUGAGGAAUUGGAAUUUCACCCUCUUUCCAUCCAGAUACUCGCAAACGCUGCGCAGGAAAACGGCUGGUCUCCACCCAUGCUGCUGAAGAGAUGGAGCAAUCUGCACAGCGUAGUACUUGAUCACUGGCGAGGGAAAGUUGCAAAGCUUGUCAUACACUAUGCAUCUCUCACUCAGCUCGCCAUCAAUCCAGAAACUUGGAGAGGAUGCCCGUCGUGUUUUGGCUAUCAUCGCCUUCUUACCCCAGGGUCUCCACGACGACCUGGCUAGCGAUUUGUUGCCGUCGCUCCCGCAAGCCGAUACUAUAUGUGAUGUCCUAUGCAGGCAAUCUCUCGUUUAUCGUCAAGACAGCUUUAUCAAGAUGCUCGCGCCCAUUCGAUAUUAUGUGCAAGAUUCGUUGCCACCACCUGAUCCCAUUUCUUUGCAAGAGAUACGCGCCUUCUACUAUCACACUAUCGAGCAGUGUUCAAGACAACGCGAUAACUAUGCUGAUAUUGUUAUCUCGGAUCACCUCAACAUUGAGCAUGUGGUUUCUUUCGACCUCGCCCACAUCUCAGAUGGCACGGGAGACACUUAUAAUGCUUGCUCGCAGUUUUUGUGGUUCUUACAAUUACAUCUACCUCGCCCCACUACCCUUACCCCAGCUAUUUUCAACAUUGCAGAGAGCCCCUCCACGUGGACGCAGAAAGCAUGCUGCUUGUGGUAUCUCGGCACGCUUUACGGCCUGCUUUCUCAGCUCACAGAAAUGAUGAAGGCCUUCAAAGCUGCCGAGGCACUUUAUCUCACUGCCGGCGAGCACGAAAACGCGGCACACUGUGUUACGAGCUGUGCAGACAUAUACAGAACUCAAGGCCGCUUCAUUCAAUCCCAGCAGGUCUUGGAGGACUUCCAACGCUCCGACUCGUGGGAGCAUCUCAGCGAAUCAUCGAGAGCCGAAGCCUGGUAUAUCUUGGAUAAAGCCCGGAUGUACACAUUCACAGCGUCUGCGGACGAAUUAUUUGUGAAGUCCCUGGAAGAUCAUAACUGCGGUUUGCAGUCCAAGGUUUGGCACUGGGCUGCUAAAUUAUAUUAUGGAGGAGACAUUGUCCAGGCCAAGAUGCACUUAGAAAAUGUCCUUCUGCAAUGCACACAUCUCGAAGAUUGCAAAGCCGCGCGUCAUGUACUCGCAGAAGCUGCAUUGUUCGAAGGCAGGCUGUCCGAAGCAAUGGAUAACCUUCAGAAGAUCAUACAAGAGUCCGACUUGGAAGGACGAGAUCCAGAAUCUGUCCUUUGGUAUGGCACCUGGAAAGGUGUUGUUGCAAGCAAGCAGGGGAAUUAUGACCUUGCGAGAGAUUUCAUCCGCAAAGCCUCGGGACCAUUCAAAUUCUUCGAGCUGCACAAUGCACUUACAUUCCUCCGCAUUUCUUAUGACUCUGCACACAUCGAGCUCACCGCAGGCGAGUAUGACAUCGCCGAGUCUAAAUUCGCCGCCACGAUCGAAGGUUGCGAUAUGCAAGACCACCUGCUUUAUAAGGGGUUCAGCGUCCGUGGACUGGGGGAGAUUGCUUUUGCGCGUGGCAAUUUUGCUUUAGCUGCAGAACACUUCGCAAAAACACGGUCUUUGUGUGCCGAGAUGGGAUUACCUCCCAAAAAGUUUUACACUUGUUUCCCGUUUUCUGCUCUGCCGGAAAGAUUUGAAGGGUGGGCAUUGUUUUUGGAGGGGCAGUCACCAUUUACGAACAUUAUGUAAAUCAUGUACAAAAAGCCUCUCGAGGUUGUAUCUCGCACAAUUACUUAUGUUGUUUCAUUAGGAUUAUAUAUUCGUGAUAGAAGGCAGUGGAGUGGGCUAAACCUGACAGCGUGCCGGUGAAGAGCUACGCUACGAGAAGGUGGCCGACUACUAAGCUACGGUGCUAUGCGGCUGCUACUCCGCCCCUCGCCUGGGGGUCCCCACUCGAGACA